CCCCAAUGCUCCUCCCUUAGCAUCACUCCUACGAUCUCCCCCGUCUUUCUUAUUCACAAACCAGAUACAUACACACAAAAUAGUCAACAGUUUAAGAAAGACUGGACAUGUCAAGCUUGGCUGACUUUUAAUCAAAAAAAAAAGGAAACCAGUGCAAGAUAAGCUUCUGCAGAGAACCUCCAGGUCUGACUCUGAAAUGAUUUUGUGGACAUUCUUCAUUCUGCUCUCGCAGCUGUUAUUAAACCUGUGCUUACAUGCAGAGGCCCAGGCUUUGGCAGUCUACAAUCUGCUCACCUCGCCUGACUGCUUGCCAGACCUGCUGCAGGGAGGUUUGGCAGAACAAGGGGUGAACGAGGCUUUCAUCUUAACCACCUUCAAGCUGCAGCCCAAGACUGGAACCACACUGUUUGGCCUGUUCAACCCAAGGGACAACAGCAAGUAUUUUGAGUUCACCGUAAUGGGGAAACUCAACCGGGCUGUGUUACGUUACUUGCGGACUGACAAGAGAAUGAGCUCUGUUAGCUUCAACAACCUUGUGCUGGCGGACGGCCAGCAGCACCGGCUGUUGUUCCACCUGAAAGGUCUGCAGCAGCAGGGGCCAGGCGGGGUGGAGCUACAUCUGGACUGCAGGCUGGUUGAGACGGUCCGGGAUCUUCCUGCCGUCUUCCAGGGUUUGCCAGCAGGGUACGGCAUGGUGGAGCUAAAGACAAUGCAAGCCAGGGAUCAGGAGAGCUUAGACGAGCUGAAACUGGUGGUUGGGGACUCGUUUGAGAAUGUUGCAUCAUUGCAAGACUGUCAUUUUCAGCAAAGAGAUUCGGUUCAAACUUUAGGGGUCAACACAAAGCAGCUGUCAAGUCAAAUGCUGGAGUUAACAAAGGUGAUAAACGAGCUUAAAGACGUUCUCAUCCAGCAGGUUAAGGAAACAUCUUUUCUCCGAAACACUAUUUCAGAGUGUCAGGCUUGUGGUCUGGGUGGAACAGAGGUGGUGAAACCGAGAUGUGCUCCUGGUGUCUGUUUCCGCGAUGAUAUGUGCAUUGAGACAGCAAAUGGCGUGGAGUGUGCACCCUGUCCUGAUGGGUACACUGGAGAUGGCUUCAACUGUGAUGAUGUUGAUGAGUGCCAGUUUAACCCCUGCUUCCCUGGAGUGAAGUGCGUUAACACUGCCCCUGGCUUCCGCUGCGACGCCUGCCCGCUGGGUUACGUCGGCCUGCCAGUGGAGGGCGUGGGCAUUUUGUUUGCUCAAACCAACAAACAGGUCUGCGAUGACAUUGAUGAAUGCAAAGGACCCGACAAUGGUGGCUGUACUGCAAACUCAAUCUGUCACAACUCUGUGGGCUCCUUUUACUGUGGCAGCUGUAAGACUGGGUUCACAGGAGAUCAGGUGAGGGGCUGUGAGCCAGAGCUCAGCUGUGGAAACAGCCUGACCAACCCCUGCGACAUCAACGCCGAGUGCAUUCGAGAAAGAGACGGCACUAUUUCUUGUCAGUGUGGAAUUGGCUGGGCGGGCAACGGAUACCUGUGUGGGAAAGACACGGACAUUGAUGGAUACCCGGAUGAAAAACUCAAGUGCAAGGACGCAAACUGUAGAAAGGAUAAUUGCAUCUUUGUUCCUAACUCUGGUCAAGAGGACGCUGACAGGGAUGGCCAGGGAGACGCCUGUGAUGACGAUGCAGAUGGUGACGGUAUUCCCAAUGAGCAGGACAACUGCCGGUUGAAGCCCAACGUGGAUCAGAGGAACAGUGAUGCAGACAGCCAUGGCGAUGCCUGUGACAACUGUCGUAUGGUGAGCAACCCCGACCAGCGGGACACUGACGGAGACGGCAAAGGAGAUGCCUGCGACGAUGACAUGGACGGAGACGGUGUGAGAAAUUUGCUGGACAACUGCCAGCGUGUCCAGAACAGAGACCAGCUGGACAGGGAUGGAGACGGCGUGGGAGACGCUUGCGACAGCUGCCCUGACAUCCCCAACCCAAACCAGUCUGAUGUUGAUAAUGACCUGGUUGGAGACUCGUGCGACACAAACCAAGACAGCGAUGGCGAUGGUCACCAGGAUACCAAGGACAAUUGUCCACUAGUGAUUAACAGCUCGCAGCAGGACACUGACAAAGACGGGCUGGGAGACGAAUGUGACGAUGAUGAUGACAAUGACGGGAUCCCAGAUAUUCUACCGCCAGGACCAGACAACUGCAGGCUGGUGCCCAACCCCGACCAGAUCGAUGACAACAAUGAUGGCGUUGGAGAUAUCUGCGAGUCCGACUUUGACCAGGACAAAGUGAUUGACCGGAUUGACAAUUGCCCUGAGAACGCAGAGGUCACCCUGACAGACUUCAGGGCCUACCAGACAGUGGUGCUGGACCCGGAGGGAGAUGCACAGAUCGACCCCAACUGGGUUGUCCUCAACCAGGGAAUGGAAAUAGUUCAGACCAUGAACAGUGACCCUGGACUUGCUGUUGGAUACACUGCUUUCAGUGGAGUCGACUUUGAGGGGACUUUUCACGUGAACACGGUUACCGACGACGACUAUGCCGGCUUCAUCUUUGGCUACCAGGACUCGUCGUCCUUCUAUGUGGUGAUGUGGAAGCAGACUGAGCAGACUUACUGGCAGGCAACCCCUUUCAGAGCUGUGGCCGAGCCAGGCAUCCAGCUUAAGGCUGUAAAGUCCAGGUCAGGCCCUGGGGAACACUUGAGAAACUCACUGUGGCACACAGGAGACACCAACGACCAGGUCCGUCUGCUGUGGAAGGACCCGAGGAACGUUGGCUGGAAGGAUAAGGUUUCCUACCGCUGGUAUUUGCAGCACCGUCCACAGGUCGGAUACAUCAGAGUGAGGUUUUACGAGGGAACUCAGCUGGUUGCAGAUUCUGGUGUGACUAUCGACACAACCAUGAGAGGAGGGCGACUCGGCGUGUUCUGCUUCUCGCAAGAAAACAUCAUCUGGUCCAAUCUGAAAUAUCGCUGCAAUGACACCAUCCCAGAGGAUUUCCAGGAGUUCAGCGCUCAACACACCGUUGACUCAAUCUAAAGUCAAGACUUUUAGAUGACUCCAGAUCCACAAGGAGGGGCGUCUCUGUGUGGGUGCAUCUGUAUGCAUGUGAGCGUGGUGACUUGUGUGUGUCUGUCGUUUUUUGUGUGUGUGUGGGUGUGUGUGUGUGGGCGUGGGUGUGCGUGUGUUUGUAUGUUUUUUAACUGUGUUACAGAUACAGAAACAUAUAUGACUACAAUUUUGUGCUGUAUGAUUUAUUGCUGUGCCCUUUUAUUCAAAUGUGGUCUCUCUAAUCCUCUUUGUAAAGGCCUCAGUUAAGCAAAGAUAAAUGUUGUUUAUGUUUUUAAGUAUAAUGAAGUUUACACUUAAUGCAACAAAUAUCAGAAGGACAGAAACACGCUCCAGAUAAUACUUAAAGCUGUACUUUUUGGGUGGAAAUGUAAAAUAAGCAGUUCAACCACAUGAGCAACCUGCAUCGUUUGAUUAAAAAAUAUGUAUCAACCAUUUUCAACCACAAACAUCCUGUAUGUUUUUCAAAUAUAUAUUUCAAAUAUAUCUUUGUCUCCAGCGGACGGCAAGUGUAAAUUGUGGCUGUGCAGGAAUUUCCCAUAUAAUAGACUAUUUUUUCUUUGGUCUCUCUUAUCAAAAUGUCAAAAUUUUAACUGACACUCAGCAAUCUGCGAGUUCCUCCACAAAAAAAGGGAAAAAAGAGUCUAGGGGGAAAAGGUCAAUCUCUCAAUAAAAUACCUUGUUUUAAGAAGAUGGUGUUCACUUUUCUGCUUCUGUAAAAUAAAAAACAAUCUUGUGUGCA